UCAAAACAUUUCCACUAGUAACCUCAUUAAAUAAUCUCUUCCAUCCAAUAGUACAUUAUUUUUCGGGUGUAUGGAUAACCAUUGGAUCAUUUAAAAGCACUAAAAAGUCAUGGUGAUAAAAUUAAUAGGUACAUUAGUUCAGAACUCAUCAAAAAUCGUGACUUCUCGACCUAUCGGAUUUCGUGGUCAGCUGUUUCCAUUCCGAAAAAUGGCGUCUGAAGUUGAGAAAGCUCAAUCUGCCACUGCCGGUGGUGACACUAUUUUUGGGAAAAUUCUCCGGAAAGAAAUUCCUUGCAAUUUUAUUUACGAAGAUAAUCAGUGUGUAGCAUUCAACGACGUUAACCCUCAAAGUCCAGUACACUUUCUCGUGAUCCCGAGAAAACCAAUUCCGCAAUUAUCGAAGGCUGAAGACGGGGAUGAGUUAAUUCUGGGUCAUCUGAUGAACGUUGCGAGAAAAGUGGCUAAAGAACAAGGACUUGACAAAGGAUUUCGUGUGGUUAUUAAUGAUGGAGCUGAUGGCGCACAGUCUGUCUAUCAUUUACAUAUUCAUGUCCUCGGGGGAAGACAGAUGAAAUGGCCCCCAGGAUAAUUCCUCCAAUCUCUGUCAUUUCAAUUAACAAACUUUAA